UUUAAAAUUCAAAAGUUUAUAUAUAUUCACAGCUUCAUGUUUCACUAGUUAUCUAUCUUUUUCAAACCGUUGCUUCUAGUACUUCUUCCCAAGAUAACUCGUUUUGGAAUAGACCAGCAAAGGUACAUGUCGAUGGAGGAUGCAGCUGAACAGCAGAGGUUGAUCACGGAGGCAACUGCCAUAGCUCGAGCAAGAGCCAUCAAUGGCUUGUAUGCAUUGUUUCGAAAAUCUCCAAAUGUAUUGGAAAUUAUUGAUGAGAUUCCAUUUGUUGAUACCCCUCUACACAUAGCUGCAUCCAUUGGGGAUACACAUUUUGCAGCUGAAAUGAUUAGCUUAAUGCCAUCAUUUGGUACGAAGCUAAAUCCGGAUGGGCUAAGCCCCUUGCACCUGGCUCUGCAAAACCGGCAUGCUGAGACUGUGACACGGCUCAUAAAUAUUAACAGCGAGCUCAUCCGUGUCCAAGGAAGGGAGAGAAUUACUCCUUUGCAUUAUGUAGCUGAAAUGAAUGAAUUCCAUCUUUUGGCUGAAUUUCUAUGCGCCUGUCCAGACUCCGUGAAUGAUUUGACAAUUCGAGGUGAGACUGCUGUGCAUAUUGCCGUGAGAAACUGUAAUGUUGAAGCUUUUGAAGUCCUUUUCGAAUGGGCUGAUAAGACUGAUCGUGGACUGAUGCUACAUUGGAAGGACGAGGGUGGCAACACCGCGUUGCACAUUGCAGUGUAUACCCACCAACCAGAGGUUGUGGAGAAGUUGGUUAGAGUAAUGAAGAUAAAAAAUGAUAAGAAUUUGGAGGGUUGGACACCUCUUGAUUUAAGUCGUCGUAGGGAUGGAGGCAACAGAUCAGAGAUCACAAAAAUGUUAAUGGGUGGUGUAGGAGUUGCAAGAUCAUGUAGUACUACUACUACUCCAUGGAAUCCUUAUUCAACUAGUGAUGGUGAUCUCACAGAGUUUAUAUGUUUGAAACGAAUCCCAGAUUUAUUUAACAUGAAAAAGAUGUCUGAGGAUAUGAAAAAUACGAUGCUACUGGUAGCUACUCUUGUUGCAACAGCCACAUACCAAGUUGCAGUGAAGCCUCCUAGUGGCAUAUUCGACAAAGACGAAUCGGGAAGGAAGACAUUACUUGUGUCUGAAUUUCUUUACUAUAGUCUUUUGUUUAUUAACUCAACAGCAUUUGCAAUCUCAGUUGCAGUUAUUAGUCUUACCCUCCAACUUGGCUUUCACUUUCGGCUGCUGAGACUAUGCCUGUGGUUCCUCGUCUUCAGCUAUAUCAUUUCAGUGCUUUUCACAACACCAAAAACUGUUGCUUCUUAUAUUACAGUCCCAUUACCAUUCAUUUCCUAUCUUGGGGGUACAUAUAAUUUCUUUAGUGUAAUAUACACCUUCGCCAAGAUGCCCAUUGGCCGGUAUAACCCUUCUGUCUACUUUGAGAUGCGACGCAAAAUGGUUGGUUGGGAUGCCAGUUGCUGAUCUGAUUCAUCCAUGAAACCUUUCAGAUUGAUAAUGGGACUAUGUAUAGCCUUUUUUUAAUUAAAAUUGUGUGUGUUAUUAAUUGUUUUAAUUUUUCCUUUUGUGCUUGCUGAGAGUGGUGUUCAUGUAUUUUUUUAUUAAUUUUUUGAAAGUGAGGAGAUGGAAAGGCCUUGGUAAUUAUGUGUUCAUGUAAUUGUUUGCAAAUAAACAAUUUCUUGUGCUUGAUUCUACAUACAACUUGCG